CUGGUCCCUGCAAGUCCGGCAAGUCCCUGGUUUUCACGCAUGGUAUCCGCCGGUAUCGGUGAAUUGUCCGUUGUAGAAUAAUUAAUCUAGCCGCAUUAUGAAGCUAGUAAGAUUUUUGAUGAAACUCAGUCACGAGACUGUGACAAUAGAAUUGAAAAAUGGGACCCAAGUUACUGGAACGAUUACAGGUGUCGACGUUGCAAUGAAUACACACUUGAAAACAGUGAAAAUGACAAUAAAGAAUCGUGAUCCCAUACAGUUAGAAACUCUCAGUUUGCGGGGUAACAAUAUUAGAUAUUACAUCUUGCCUGAUUCUCUUCCCUUGGAAACAUUAUUGAUAGAUGAUACGCCGAAGGCUAAGGCCAAGAAGAAGGAAGCUGCGAGAGGUGCUGCCCGUGGCAGAGGACGCGGCGCCAGAGGUGGCAGGGGUGGUAGAGGUGGCCGAGGUAGAGGAAGGGGCAGACGAUAGUGAUAUUCAACGUAUUCUUCACUUUCAAUAUACAAACUUUUCUACCUUUGUGAAAA